CAAAGAACUAUCUCAGAUAUAGGAAGACCACAAGCAAGACCACAAUGAUUUGAGCUGUAAUGGAGAAAUGUUCUUGUGAAMGUUACAGCAGACUUCAGAGUACGACAUUGGACUUCUCCCCACUUUUCUGUGUCAAAGUCAGAAAUGAAUCACACUUGGACAUACAACUUGAGUUUUGGUACACCUACAGGCCCUGUUGAGCCAAAGACCGGACUCUCACGAAAUGGGCACACAGUAGUAGCUAUUUUUCUGGGAUUUAUCUUGUUUUUUGGUUUCGUGAAUAACUUGACCGUCCUCAUCCUCUUCUGCAAGUUUAAAACCCUUCGGAAUCCGGUCAACAUGCUCCUCCUGAACAUCAGCAUCAGUGACAUGUUAGUGUGCAUCUCAGGCACGACCCUCAGUUUUGCAUCUAACAUCCAGGGCAAAUGGAUCGGAGGGGAACAUGGCUGCAGGUGGUAUGGCUUUGUCAACUCCUGCUUUGGAAUCGUGUCCUUGAUCUCCUUGGCUGUCCUGUCCUACGAGCGAUACAGCACUCUCACCCUGUGCAACAAGCGCAGCGCCGACUAUCGGAAAGUCUUGCUCGCAGUUGGUGGUUCGUGGAUUUACUCCCUGCUCUGGACUGUGCCACCUCUGAUCGGAUGGAGCAGUUAUGGGAUAGAGGGCGCAGGGACCAGCUGUUCGGUACGCUGGUCCUCUGAGUCGGCCAAAUCUACAUCCUACAUCAUCUGUCUCUUCAUAUUCUGCUUGGUUGUUCCUGUGGUGGUGAUGGUGUACUGCUACAGCCGUCUCCUUUAUGCUGUUAAACAGGUUGGAAAAAUCCAUAAGAAUGCUGCCCGCAGAAGAGAAUACCAUGUGCUAUUCAUGGUGAUAACUACAGUUAUCUGUUACCUCAUAUGCUGGAUUCCCUAUGGAGUUAUAGCACUGCUUGCAACGUUUGGUAAGCCAGGUGUGGUGACUCCAAUUGCAAGCACCAUACCUUCCAUCCUAGCAAAAAGCAGUACUGUUUGCAAUCCCAUUAUCUACAUACUUAUGAAUAAGCAGUUUUACAAAUGCUUUCGUCUGCUUUUGCACUGCCAACUUCAUUCCUCCACCGAUGGAGAGCCUACCAGCCACUCUAAGGUAACCAUUAUCCAGAUGAACAAGAGAACAUUGGACUGUGGAAAUGUGUGCAAUAAUGAACCAUGUCCCAAAACAGACAGUUAA